AUGGUGGCUGAAACUGUGAAGAGACCCUUAAUAGAAGGAGAAGCUGAAAAUGCACAGAAUGCAGGCUGGCUGGAGAAAUUGCCUGCAUGUUAUAUACAAAAGAUUUUUAAACAGCUCGAAAAUAAUUUCCUUGCAGCUUAUGAACAUCCAGGACAGUAUCGAUACCCUUUCAUAAGACCAGCAAGUUCAUUCACCCAACCGCCAUCCGCAGCCGCGUCCCGUUCAUGGAGAGGCGCAAGCAAGACCUAUGACUACAUAAUCAUUGGCGGUGGCACGGCCGGCUGCCCACUCGCGGCCACCCUAUCGCAAAACUUCAGUGUGCUGUUACUCGAAAGAGGCGGAACCCCUUUUGCCAAUGGAAAUGUAUCAUUUUUGCAGAAUUUUCACAUUUCCUUAGCCGAUACAUCGCAAACGUCUGCAUCACAAGUAUUUAUUUCCACCGAUGGAGUCUUUAAUUCCAGGGCUAGAAUCUUGGGUGGAGGUACCUGCAUCAAUGCAGGAUUUUACACCAGAGCAAGCUCAAGUUAUAUUAAGAGAGUAGGGUGGGACACAAAACUGGUGAAUGAGUCAUAUCCAUGGGUUGAGAAUCAAAUUGUGCAUAGGCCAGAGCUUGUGCCGUGGCAGAGAGCAUUUAGGGACGGCCUUAUAGAAGUUGGAAUCUCACCUUUCAAUGGAUUCACCUAUGAUCAUCUAUAUGGAACCAAAAUUGGUGGAACUAUUUUCGACAGGUUCGGUCGCCGUCAUACUGCCGCUGAGCUCCUCGCCUCUGCAAAUCCCGAUAAUCUCCAUGUUUUAGUACAUGCAACAGUCCAAAGGAUUGUGUUUGACAAAACAGGUAAAAGACCUCGGGCUGUUGGAGUUGUUUUCAAAGACGAAAACGGGAAGCAACACAAAGCAUUUCUUUUGAAGAGGCCGAGGAGUGAAAUUAUCGUGUCAUCGGGAGCAAUUGGGAGCCCUCAACUGCUGCUGCUUAGUGGGAUCGGCCCAAAGGCAGAUCUCGAAAAAUUGAACAUAUCUGUGGUUCUUGACAAUGAAUUUGUAGGCAAGGGCAUGGCUGAUAACCCUCUCAACACAAUCUAUAUCCCAACAAAUAGGCAUAUCAAACAGUCUUUAAUACAAGUUGUAGGAAUUACUAAGUUGGGAGUGUACAUUGAAGCUAGCAGUGGAUUUGGCCAGUCCAUGGAUAGCAUUCAUUGGAACAAUGGAAUUGUUUCUGCUGAGAUAGGACAGCUAUCUACCAUUCCUCCAAAGCAAAGAUCACAUGAAGCAGUUCAAGAAUACAUAAAAAGAAAGAGAAACAUCCCACAUGAGGCAUUUAUGGGAGGUUUCAUCCUAGAAAAGAUUGCAUGGCCCCUGUCAACAGGCCAACUCAGCUUGCUCAACACAAAUGUAGACGAUAACCCAUCCGUCACCUUCAACUAUUUCAACCACCCGUACGACGUAGCACGAUGUGUGGACGGUAUUCGCCUAACUGAGAAGAUUUUGAAGUCCAAACACUUCAAAAACUACACGCAGUGUGACAAGGAGACAGUCGAAAAGAUACUAAACAUGAGUGUUCAUGCCAAUGUUAAUCUUAUUCCUAAGCAUACCAAUGACACAAAAUCCCUAGAGCAGUUUUGUAAAGACACUGUUAUCACAAUUUGGCACUACCAUGGAGGGUGCCAUGUGGGCAAGGUGGUAAGCCAUGAUUAUAAGGUACUCGGGGUUGAAAGACUUCGUGUUAUUGAUGGCUCAACUUUCGCUGGCUCCCCCGGCACCAAUCCUCAAGCUACGGUGAUGAUGAUGGGCCGGUACAUGGGAGUGAAGAUAUUGAGAGAGAGACUAGGGAAAGCAGCUGGAGUAUAA